AUGGACCAGGUCCUGAGCCACCCAGCCGUGCUGAACCUGCGACAGGAGGCCUCGGAGGGCUCCACCGCCUUCGCGGUGACGCUCUGGGAGUCCAUCCGGUACAUCGUGAAGCGGCCACACUUGCUGGCGCCGCAGUGUGCGGAUGACUUGAAGAAUCCCAUUCUUCAGGCCAUGCUGGCGGCGCAGCUGUUAGUGCCCCGCUGGUCCCCUUUGCGCCUGGAGGUGCCCAAGCACAGCCGUGCCUGGCUGCAGGAUUGGAUCAACGCGCAGCACGCCAAGCUCUCAUGGGCCCAACGCCUGGAAUACAACCUGCAGGCCCUCCGGGAGCGCUCGGAGAUCAUCCGCGAGCUGGACAAGUCGGAGGGCCAGGAAUCUCGCGCGCGGACGAAGAAAAAAGGCGAGCUGCCCAGCGGCAGAGGGAAGGGGAAAGGCUGGGAGGAUUUGACCUCGUCCAUCGAAUGGACCAAGUAG